ACAUUUAAAGAGAUACAUGCUCUAUGUGGGCUCGGUGCGGAAUUCCAUCCACUAAGAAAUUGUUGAUGCUCAUGCCUCCCUAGCUGCGGUUCCCCGCACCUACGAGGGGUGGGAAGAUAAAAGGGGCUAAACUGAAAGGGGUAGCAGGUUAUGGCCAACCUUUCGAUACGUCAAUCGUUAAUCGGCAGAUACCAUCAGCCUCGUCAUCUACCCCAAAACAUCUACAAUAUCGACACCGACUUCAGAAUACCAUUCUUUACAUAGUAAUUAAAGGAGUUCUAGUUGCUGACAUACCACCCCUCUCUAUCUGUUGUAAAAGAGGGGUUAUCUUUGAGUUAUUUGAUCCGAUACGGUAACUACGGAAUUCCAUGCCCUGAUCCAACCAUGGAUCUCGCAUACGACCACAUUGCCGAAGAAGCCCUCCCGAAAGAUGGAAACGAGAAUCGCGACGGAAACCAAGAUGCUGAAUCCUCCCAGAAGAAACCCGAACACACUCUCAACGAAGACCUUCAGGAGGCAUACCGUGCAUUCUCUAGCAGCACUUGGGGUACAUGGCUUGGCGGAACUGUCGGUAACGUGAUCAAGCAGGGCGAGUCUGUGUACAGAGAGGCACACCAAGAGGUCACAUUGCUCAGUGCAGAUGCUACUAGGGGCCUUGCGAACCUCCGCGCAAGAGCUCUCUCGUUAACUACGUCACCGCCUGUCGUCCCGGAACAAGGAUCGCAGUCAUCUAGCGAUAAGGAGAAAGAUCCCGAGACUACCCCGACUACAGCGAAGGCCGCCGGCUCCGAUGAUCCAGCAAAGGACUCCGAAACGGUUAUAUCGCGGUUGAAAGCAGAAGCCGCGAAACGCCUGAAGGAUAUUCAGCGUGCAGAGGAUGCUGCCGAUGAGGCGCUCCUGAAAUUCGGCGGGAAUAUCCGAGAUUUCUUCCGCGACGCUGUCAUCGUCAAGCCUGCCUCUGAAUCCGACGACUCCCAGGGAACCGCUCGCCGCUUCGAAAGCAAGGAUGAAUCCGGAAAACGAGUAAUUCACACCUCGAGAUACGACGCACAACUUCAUGUUAUUCACACGACCGAGAAGAGCUUUACCGAAGAUUCUGCUACUACGGAGUAUGCCGCAUGGGCGAAGAACUUUGAUGCGGAGAAGAAGACAGAGAACAUCAGUGCCGACUUGGCCAAGUAUCCGGAACUACGGGCCAACAUGGAGAAGCUAGUUCCCGACAAGGUUCCUUAUGCCGACUUCUGGAAGCGAUACUAUUUCCUCAGACAUAGUAUAGAGACAGCUGAAGCACGUCGCCGAGAUCUACUGAAGGCCGCAUCCGCCGAAGAAGAGAUCGGCUGGGGCGAGGAGUCGGAGAGCGAGGAAUCCGAGGAGGAGGAAGAAGAAGAAGAGGAAGAAUCAGAGGAGUCCGACGAGGACACAGCGCCAACUAAGCCAGUAGGAAAGCCGGCGAGGCCAGCUUCUACCGAAUCUUCCACGACAAUUCACCCACCUGCUCGUGCCGCUCCGGCCAAAGGACAUCUCAAACCUGCUGAACCCCGCAAGUCUAACGAUGAGAAGUCUCAACCCGACAGUGAUACCAGUUAUGACGUUGUUGGCGCGGCAUCCGGAAACCCAAGCCAGGCCCCUAAUAGUCCCAUGGAAACUCGGAAAGCGGAGGAUAGCGAUGAUAGUGACGAUGAAGAAUGGGAGUAAUAUAGUGCUGCCUGAAGAUUGGCUCGUUGGCUCCCUGCUGGUUUUGAUUGAUAUGAUUUCGGAGUUAUCGUUGGCGUUGGUUGGUCUCUUUUGGAUGGCUUCGAAUGCAUGAUAUUGUUCUCCCCGA